CGUUGUGAGACUUCAGAGUCUAUCAGAUAGCAUUGGUGUAAGGUGCGGUAAGCCACGCGCUUAUGAUUUAGUAGGAAAAAGCGGCUGACAUCAUGAUGAAAUCACAACCAGUAUGGAUAAUUUUCGUAGUAGCGAUAGCUAUUGCAGACUGUCAUUACUAUACGCCACUAGAAACACAUCCACAGUUGCCAGAGGAUUUAAAUCACGGUGGAGAUGAUUCCUGCUUUUCCAUGAACAGCGAUGCAUAUUUGGGUGAUCUUUCCCAAGACUUGAGCGUUCACACUCUGGAGAAACCGAACUUUAUGAAUUAUCAAGCUCCGCCAAACUCUGUGAUCAAUUACAUCCCAGUGGAAGAGGAUUCGUGGAUCACUCCGAAUGUGCACGUCGAUGGACAGGGUUACUUCACGGACCGGUACGUGGCUCCGACAAUGCUGAAAAGGUUUCUGUCGGUUAAUCCUCGAUAGUGCAGUUGGAUUUUCUCUGGUUAUAGUUGACUAAGUAAGUAAGACUGAUUAUUUCUAUUCUUUUAUAGAGAAAUAAAAACGAGUUUAUUCAUUGA